AGCUGAUAGUACCUACUGUACUUGACAUGACAAGGCUCUUACAAAACGCCAUUACUUCUUGCUCUUCUUCCUCGAUCAGCAAAAACAAACCAAGCCAUCAUCCACAUGGAGCUAGGCAUCCUCUUCGUCUCCCUCAUCACACUGGUGAUCCUUGUGUCCUUACUCAGCCGCAAAUCUCCAACAGGCCGCUCCGAGAAGAAGAAGCGGCGGCCUCCAGGCCCAUGGCGUCUCCCCUUGAUCGGGAACCUCCUCCACCUCCUGACCUCGCAGCCGCAGGCCGCGCUACGGGACCUGGCCAGGAAGCACGGGCCGGUGAUGUCCCUGCGGCUGGGCCAGGUGGACGCCGUCGUGGUCUCCUCGCCGGCCGCGGCCCAGGAGGUGCUCCGGGACAAGGACCUCGCCUUCGCGUCCCGGCCCAGCCUGCUUGCCGCGGACAUCAUCCUCUACGGGAACAUGGACAUCGCCUUCGCCCCCUACGGCGCCUACUGGCGGACGCUGCGCAAGCUCUGCAUGGUCGAGCUCCUCAGCGCGCACAAGGUGCGGCAGCUCGCCCCUGUCCGGGACUGCGAGACCCUUUCGCUUGUUCGGAAGGUCGGCGGCCAUGGCGGCGGCGGCGGCGGAGAGCCGGUCAAUCUCGGACGGCUGCUCUCGUCGUGCUCGAUCGCGAUUACGGGGAAGGCGACCUUUGGGGAGCUGUUUGGCGGCGAGCUCCAGGAGCGGUACAUGGCGGUCAUCGAUGUCGCCACGAGGUACGGCGGGGGCUUCUCUGCCGGGGACCUGUUUCCUUCUCUGCGGUUCGUGGACGUCGCCACGGGGCUGACGCGCCGGCUGUGGCGAGCGCGCCGCCAGCUCGAUGCCAUAUUUGACAAGGUCAUCGCUGACUGCAAGGCACAGCGGGAGGAGAAGAAGAAGAUGAAGAAGACGGCCAUGGCGAAUACAGGGGACGAAGACCUUCUGAGUAUCUUGCUCAGGAACAAGGACGAAGCGACGCUCGAGACCUCCAUCAGCACGACAAGCAUCAAAGCAAUCUUAUUUGACAUGCUCACCGGAGGGACGGAGACGACCUCGACAGCGGCAGAGUGGAUCAUGUCGGAGCUCAUAAGAAACCCCGAGGCCAUGGCCAAAGCCCAGGCCGAGGUCCGGCAAGCACUGGACGGCACGAAGCCGCGAGACCACGAGGGCCACAUAGAAAAGCUCCGCUACACAAGGAUGGUGAUCAAGGAGGGCCUGAGGCUGCAUCCAGUGCUGCCGCUCCUCCUGCCGCGUCUCUGCCGGGAGACCUGCGAGGUCGGCGGCUACGAGGUCGCCAAGGGGACCAAGGUCAUCGUCAACGCGUGGGCCAUGGCGCGGAGCCCCGAGCACUGGCACGACGCGGAGGAGUUCAGGCCGGAGAGGUUCUGCUUCGACGACGACGACAAUGGCGGCACGACGGCGGAUUACAAAGGGUCGUUGCGGUUUGAGUACCUCCCGUUCGGGAGCGGGAGGCGGAUGUGUCCUGGGGAUACCUUCGGGCUCGCGGUGCUGGAGCUCACGGUGGCACGGCUUCUUUACUACUUUGACUGGAGUCUUCCAGGCGGAAUGCGGCCGGAUGAGCUCGACAUGGACAUGAUUGUUGGUUCCACGGCCAGGAGAAGGAAUCAUCUCUGCCUCGCAGCGUCCCAGUGCAGGGAGAUUCCCCUGGAAAUUUGAAGCUGCGCAGCUUAUGGAUGUAUGCUUCAUGUUCAAACUUACUUCAAUACUGUUCAACAAAUAAAUUUUAUUGGAAGAACGGCAUAUCAAGGUGCUCAUGCAAGGCAAGGAAAUGUACUCCUGAAUAAGAGUGAUGCUAUAUUUUUGAUUAAA